AUGGCACAACAACAAUACAACAAGAGCAAAAAGAAGUUCAUCGACCGCCGAGAGGCUAAGUCAGCCGAUAUCAAGAGGGCACUUACCCAUCGUGCUCGUUUGAGAAAAAAUUACUUUAAACUAUUGAAAGAUGAAGGGCUAGAAGAACAUAGUAAGGACAAACAGGAAAGUGAAGAUGAGAGUAGUGAUGAAGAGGGACAUAGUGAAGAUGAGGAAACUGAAACACGUGAAUCAAAGCUAGCAAAAUCCAAGCCCGCAAGUUUUGCCGAAAGAGCCGCUAUUGCCAAACAAAGAAAAGCGGAAAAACGACAAGAACGAUUGCUGAAAAUACAAGAAAAGCUAACUAACGUUGCCAGACAAGAAAAGAUUAGAGAGUUGAAAAAGAAGGAAUUGAGUCAGAAAAACAAGCGUGGACAACCGGUAAUGGGACCUAGGAUAAACAAUUUACUAGAAAAGAUAAAAAAGAAUAAUGAAUAA